UCAAACUAAAAAUAGUUUCAGUUGUAGGAAUCUGACUUACCUGUUGACCCCAAGUAAUAUAUGUUCCAAAAUAGCCACCACUUAAUUAAUGUACUAUGUUGCAGUAGGCAUCUAGCAUGAUCUAGUGUAGACUGUGCACAGCGCUGUAGCCUAUGAGCGACGAGGAGGAAACCGGACAGGACGACCGCAGGAUCUUGCAAUCAGCUAGAGGCCCGAUAGCCCACGUGUCUUUAGGUCCGGAGGGUGAUAGGAGUCUGUUCCGCCGGCUUAGGGAGAGACAGCAGGAGCAGAGGGGGGCUAGAGCAGCCGAGGCCAGCAGGACUUUAGUUAGCGAGGCCGGUGCUACAGCAGUCAUGGCCACUACAGCCAUGUCCACUUCUGCGCAGGAGACUUCCCAAGUCGGUAGUUCAGGUGCCGUCGGGUCCACGGUCGCGCAGACCGUGAGUCAGUCCACUCGCAUAAUGGCAAGCCAGGCAGCGGUGUUGACUACGGAGGAUGUCGCCAUCCAACAGGCAGCCCUGCAGGAGGCACAACUACAGUGGGCAUUAGGAGAGAUAAAAGCGGAAAAGGAAAAGAUGAUCAGAAGAAGAGCCAGGAUGCAGCGGAGAGGGGCAGAUAUAGAGGAGUUAGAAUUGAUGGACCUGACACAUAUGGAUGCUGAUGUGAAGGGACCGGGACAGACCCAGUGGGUUCCAAAGACGGCCAUUGCCGCUCCCAAACCUUUUACAGGGGACAAGAGAGGCGAAGACCUCGACACAUGGUUGAGGUCAGUGCCGGUCUACGUCAGGUGUAAACUCACCUUGACGCACGAAGAAGUGCUUGUGGCUGCUUCCUACCUAGAGGGUAGUGCAGCAAGAUGGUUGAGCGGUCUAGUGCAACUUCAGGGAUAUGGUCAUGACUUCCGCGCUUGGGCAGCCACCCAGAAACUGGAUGACUUCCUGAAGAUGGUGGAGGAGAGGUGGCACGAUCCUCAGGAGGCUCAAAGGGCCACUGAUGCGAUCCUGGCACUGCACACGAGGCAGUUUAAGUCAGUAAGGGAAGCCACUGACGCUGUUGAGCGUUUGAUCUGUGUCCCUGGGGUGCACUAUGAACCCCAAGUCCUGUUGACUUCGUACCUGAGAUGCUUUUCUCAUCCUUUCAGGAACCAGUUGGCAAAAGAGGCCAACAUCAAUAUGCACAACUUCCCUUCGUUUAGCAAGGUAGCCCUAGACCUUGAGGCAAAGAUAGGGCAUGGACAGGCACCCACAACGGAUGGAAGAAAGAAGACAUUGCCUCCCAACUGGAAGGCGAAGGGUCACAUCAUGUUUGUCGACAACGAUGGUUCAACCUUCGAGUUGGACGGCAACUUCCAGGAGGGAGUAGGUUCAGAGGCGGGCAGCUUAGAUGCUUCAGAGGGUGGAGUAGUCGUUGUUGUUGCCCAAAAAGGGGUUGUUGAGAGGGAGGUCGUCCAUGCGAUAGAGAUUAUCCCAGGGUCUAGUAUUCUGAAGGGUAGGAUCUAUCGCAUGUCUCCAGGCGAGCUUGAUGAGCUUCGCCGCCAACUCAAGGAACUCGUAGAGAAGGGUUGGAUCCGACCGAGUGUCUCUUCAUAUGGGUCUCCAGUUUUAUUCGUGCCUAAGAAGGAGGGUACUCUUAGGAUGUGCAUUGAUUAUAUGGGCCUCAAUGCCAUCACUGUAAAGAACAGAGAGCCCCUACCGCGCAUCGACGAUCUGGUAGAUAGAGUGCAGGGGUGUUGCUUUCAGCACGCUAUGAAUCGGAUAUUCCAUGACUACUUGGAUAAGUUUGUCAUCGUGUACCUCGAUGACAUACUUAUUUUUAGUAAGACUGUCGAGGAGCACGUUGCACAUUUGGACAAAGUCCUCAGCCUCCUGCGGCAGCACAAGUUCAAGAUCAACGGUGAGAAGUGCGAGUUUGGCCGCACCMGUGUCUUGUACUUGGGUCRUGARAUYUCCGCGGAAGGGUUGAAGCCCGAUGACGCGAAGGUGGCCAGCAUUCGUGAUUGGCCACGUCCUCAGUCUGUGACUGAGAUGAGAUCUUUCUUAGGAAUGACAGGCUACUACAGAACUUUUGUAAAGAACUAUAGCAUAGUGGCCGCUCCUUUGACUGAUCUGACCCGCCUUGACACCCCGUGGGAGUGGACAGAUGAGUGCGAGGCUGCUUUCAGACAUCUGAAGCAUGCGUUGACGCACUACGAGGUCUUGAAACUUCGUGAUCCUGACAAGCCGUUUAUAGGCACCACGGAUGCCAACCAAUAUGGCAUUGGCGUCGUGCUCGUGCAGCAGGAGGGGCCAAAGUUGAGGCCAGUCGAGUACAUGUCGAAAAAGAUGUCGUCUCAGAAGUUGGCAAAGUCCACCUAUGAGAAGGAACUCUACGCAGUGAUUGACCAUCAGACCUUGAGAUGGAUGAGAACUCAGCCCGCACUAUCUGACGCUCUGAAGCGUUGGAUCGAAGUCAUUGAGCAAUAUGACUUUGACCCCCAGUAUCUCAAAGGGGAGUACAAUAAGGUGGCUGAUGCCUUGUCGCGUAGACCUGACUUUUCAGGUGCGCUGAUUAGUGAGUUCGAUCUCACGGACGAUGUUACUCGCUCUUUGGUGGAUGCCUAUCGCGAGGAUCAGUUUAUGUCUGAGAUCAUGCGCAGACUUCAGGCAAAGGACAAGAAAACCUCUGCUGAGUUCGAGUUGGUCAAUGGCGUGCUGUUCCUUGAGAAGGACGGGAAUAAACGACUGUGUGUCUCGAGUAGCGAGUCUUUGCGUAGUUUGUUUUUAGGCGAGUGUCAUGAUGCCACCGGUCAUUUUUGGUAUAAAAAGACCGCAGCCAACUUGCUGCAGCGGUUCUGGUGGCCCACGAUGAUGCGAGAUGCUCAGCUGUAUGUGGAGACUUGUCAAGUGUGUCAACGAGACAAGCCGCGUACUCAAACUCCUCUUGGGCUUUUGAAGCCCCUUCCUAUUCCGGAACGGCUUGGUGAGAGUCUGUCCAUGGAUUUCAUGGAUACACUGGUCACCAGCAAGAGUGGGAUGCGACACAUCUUCGUGAUCGUGGAUAGAUUUAGCAAGUAUGCCAGGAAUCAGUUGGCAGAAGAGGCUAACAUCAACAUGCACAAGUUCCCUUCGAUUAGCAAGAAGGCCCUAGACUUGGAUGCAAAGAUUGGGCACAGGCACCAACCCACUACAGAUGGAAGGAAGAAAACAUUGCCUCCCAACUGGAAGGUGAAGGGUCGCAUUAUGUUCGUUGACAACGAUGGUUCUACCAUCGAGUUGGACGACGACUUCCAUGAGGGAGUGGUUGCAGAGGCGGGCAGCGUGGAGGCUUCACGGGGUGGAGUAGUCACUGCCUCAGUUCAAAAAGAGGGAUUGAAACCCGAUGACACGAAGGUGGCCAACAUUCGUGAUUGGCCGCGUCCUCAGUCUGUGAUUGAGAUGAGGUCCUUACGAAUGACCGGCUACUAUCGCAAUUUUGUGAAGAACUAUAGCAUAGUUGCCGCCCCUUCGACGGACCUGACUCGCCUUGACACCCCAUGGGAGUGGGCAGACAGGUGUGAGGCAACCUUCAGACAUCUGAAGCAUGCUUUGACACACCAUGAGGUCUUGAAACUUCCUGAUCCCGACAAGCCGUUUAUUGUAACCACGAACGCUAGUCAAUAUGGCAUAGGCGGCGUGCUUGCACAGCAGGAGGGGCCAAAGUUUAGGCCUGUCGAGUACAUGUCCAAAAAGAUUCCCUCUCAGAAGUUGGCCAAGUCCACUUAUGAGAAGGAGCUUUAUGCGAUUUGCAAAGCGCAAACCCACCGGAGACACUACCUCCUUGGGAGGUUCUUCUACGUCAGGACUGAUCAUCAGACCUUGAAGUGGAUGAGAACCCAGCCUGUGCUUUUCGAUGCGCUGAAAUGUUGGAUCGAAGUCAUUGAGCAGUAUGACUUCGAGCCCCAGUACAUCAAAGGAGAGUACAACGAAGUUGUUGAUGCGCUGUCGCCAAAUGGGCAAGCAGAGCAAUUGAAUCGCGCUUUUCAACACCUGCUGAGUCAUUACAUCAAGCCUAAUCAGGUGGACUGGGAUGAGAAACUUGCUCUCAUCGCCAGUCUCUAUAACAACGCCGUGCACAACGCAACAGGGGUGAGCCCCAACAGUCUGCUACUGACUUUUAAACCUAGACUGCCAUUAGAUUUUCUCUUACCUAAGAAUCAGCCUUCUGGUGCACCAGGCACUCUAGAAUUUGCUUAUCGAUAUGAGCACCUGAUGCAGCAAGCUGUAGAACAAAUGCACAAGGCACAGGCGACGAUGAUAGAGUCUGAGAACAAACACCGCCGCCCAUCUACAUUCCAGGUAGGGGACAGGGUCUGGGUCAAGUCCUCAGAACUGGGACAGGAGCACGGGAUCUCCCGCAAGUUCAUGCUACAAUACUUUGGUCCAUGGGAGGUUCUCGAUAUCGUCGGGGGUGAUCCGGAUGGGCCGUCAUAUGUGAUUCGGAUUCCUGGUCACCUUCGCACUUACCCUGUCUUUCACGCCUCCAAACUUGCACCUUUCAAGGAAACUGACCAGUUCCCCUCUCGUCGCUCAAUGCUGCCCCCAACCAUGGAUGGAGAGGUCGACAUUGACAUUGUGGACCACAGGGAAAUGCCAGUUCCAAGACCAACAGGCAGGGGACGUCCUCCUAAGCUGAAGCUGCAGUAUCGCAUUCGGUUCAGACAUCACACUGAUCGCAAGGAGGACAGAUGGUUUACCAGGGAGGAACUGUUGCAGACCGCUCCACAGGCUGUCGCUCACUACGAGAAGUUACUGCAGAAAGGAAAGCACCAGAUUGAAUUCGGCCGCCUUGCUAGCGGCCUCCUAUGUCGUACUUACGAGGACUAUGUUGUCCACUUGGUUCCACCGCUGGACCAACCGCUCCACGUGCAACAAUCAACCGCAGGCACGGUUUCAUCACCAUCGACAACCGAUUCGGCAGCUUCGCCGCCAUCUAUCGCCGGGGAUUCGACGUCAUGGUCAGGACUUGAAGAGCUCGACCCAUUGACGUUCGCGGACUUCCAAUGGAUGCCCGUUCCCUCGACCGGACGAUUGUCGAAACCGCAUUGCAACAUGCUCAUGGCACAACUGCGGGAUUACUKGCACACUGCAGUACCRACUCCGUUGAUGGACGCCGGAGUAGAGGUUGUCGACCUUCACGCCUACAUUGCGAAGAUCGACCGCGAGUUCAAGACGCAACGGUACGACGAUAUCGACGCACCAUUGCUAUAUGUACGCAUUCAGAUCGGAGAGGCGACCUGCAACGCUUUGAUCGAUUGCGGAGCAUCUCGCAACUACAUCAGCCAGGACUUCAUGGUGCGCGCCGGCCUUGGCCUACGCGUCCGAAGGAAGCCCCAGCCCACGCAAGUCACGUUGGCGGACGGUCACACGCACAAGUCAAUCGACCGGUGCAUUGAUGACGUCCCAGUGUACUUUGCCCUUCACGCAAGUGAGGCGGUAUCCUUUGACGUUCUGGACACCAAAUUUGACAUGGUCUUGGGCAUGUCAUGGCUGCUACUAUCAGCGAUUCAUCACCGGUACUCAAGGAUUGUUGCACCUAUGACGAGAUUACAAUCGCCAAAGGUGCCAUUCGUAUUCGAUGACGACGCACGCCGGUCAUUCCAAGCACUUAAGACGGCUAUGCUCAUGGCACCCGUCCUUCGCAUCUAUGACCCCACCCUGCCUACGAGAGUGGCGACUGACGCUUCCGGCUAUGGCAUUGGGGCAGUCUUGGAACAGCACGACGGCGACGACUGGCACCCUGUGGAGUAUUUCAGCCACAAAGUGCCUCCCAUCAACUCGCUUGAUGAUGCAAGGAAGAAGGAGYURCUCGCRUUCGUCAUGGCUCUCAAGCGAUGGCKGCACUUCCUCCUUGGSCGUCGUAGGUUCACAUGGGUUACGGACAACAAUCCAUUGACCUACUACAAGACACAGGAUACGGUGAGCAGCACGAUCAGACGAUGGAUGUACUUCAUCGACCAAUUUGACUUCACACCGAAACAUCUUCCCGGCCUCUCAAAUCGCGCAGCAGAUGCACUCUCGCGAAGACCUGAUCUUUGCGCUAUGACACAUCAUGCCUUCGCAUUCGACGAGGAGCUUCAGCGACACUUCAUCCGGGGAUAUGAGUCUGAUCCGGACUUCGCCACGUUAUACGCGCAGCUAUCCUCAGAUCACCCGGCGGCCAGCAAUUAUCGCAUUGCCGACGAGUACUUGCUCCUCCACUCGAGAGGCAAGGACUUAUUGUGUGUCCCACGAGACCGUCGUCUUUGGACUCGCCUUCUCGGAGAGUUCCAUGACUCGCGACUCGCCGACCAUUUCGGAGUCAACCGCACUAUUGCACGGCUUCGACAACGAUUCCGAUGGACCGACCUCAUUACCGAUGUCACUCGGUAUUGCGACUCUUGCGAAGUUUGCCGACGCAACAAACCCCGCAUCUGCAAUCCUUAUGGCGAGCUACGCCCGAUGCCUAUCCCACGGGAACCCGGUCUCUCCAUUGCCAUGGACGUCACCGGUCCGUUCCCUCGCGACCGGCUCGGGCACGACGACAUCCUCACGGUUGUGGACCGAUUGAGCCGUAUCUUCGCCGACCUUCUCCUCCCUCGACCAACCGACAUUGACGCCGCUUGCACUCCCGCUUCCGUCUGGAAGUACAGGGAAUUGCUGACUCAAGUCCUCGCGAACAUGCAAAAGGCUCAAGUCCGCAUGCAGCAGCAAGCCAACAGGCGUCGCGUACCAUGUCCCAUCCGCGCCGGUGAUCUGGUUUGGGUCUCUGCGGAAGAGUUUGCACUGGAACAGGAUGUUUCACGCAAACUGCUUCCCAAGUGGUUUGGACCAUGGUCUGUGACAUCAGCCGCGGGUGAUGAGCCCGAUGGCCCUUCAUUUGUGAUCAACAUUCCCGAGCAUCUGACGGUCCAUCCAGUCUUUCACUCAUCAAAGCUGGCAACAUAUACACCAGCUAAGAGUGACGACUUCCCGGGCCGACGAUCGCAGGACCCUCCAUCUAUGGAUGGUCAUCAGGAGGUUGACCGCGUCAUCUCGGAUCGCAAGUAUGGCAGCAAGCCGCGACAGUACAAAGUUACAUUCAGAGCAUGCAAUCCUGACGACACUCGGUGGAUUUCAGGAGCAGAUUUGAAAGCAUCCGCACCACUGAUCUACGCUUACUAUGAGCGUCAAAGGAGGGGGACUACGCGGCCGUUGCAGCCCGCGGGCGAGGGCGACAAGGAAGAGGUCGUGGUCGGGGAAGAGGAGGCCGCGGACGUGGAGGAAGAGGACCCGACACCCAGAGGGGUGGUGGCGAAGGUAGCUACUACGUGGGUGGAAGGGGCAAUGGUCCCUCGCAAGGUGGCCGAGGUUUCAACUCCACUUGGGGAAGAGGAAGAGGCACGUGGUAUUGAAACUGGGAUAAGCCAUAUCCGCCCCAUCCAGUUAAGGAAAGUGAAGACAAAGAAGAGGCAGAGUCCCCAGAAGUUGAGAAAAUUAUGAAAGAAUUCACAGAUGUGGCAAAGGCCCCAAACGGUGUGGUAAAACGACCCAUAAAUACCCGGAAGUCAAAUUUCGAAGGGGCCGAUUUAUAGAAUGUCACCCAAAGAAUUGAAUGAAUUGCGAACCCAGCU